AGCCACUAUGCCGAUUGGGUAAACGCUGGCUUUUCCCUAGUUUUAGCUACCCAAACGGCCAGCAGCAUGCAGGACGCAACAGGCUUCCAGAAUUCUAAGUUUUAUAACUCAGGCGCUCAUGUGAAAGCUAGCAGCAAUGCAAGCACAUACUCUACUGAUUCGUGGCUAACAAGAGUGGAAUCAGUGUUGGGGCCUAAAAAUCUAUCACCUGCAACCGCAGACAAGCAUGCUGAUGCUCGUUCGGAGAGUAUUAAUUCACAAUCACGCGUAUCCCUUCGACCUCAGAAACCAACGAAGGAGGCUUCUCACAAGAUCCGCCGUGGUAGAACCGUGGGGAGCAACCGAUCCAAACGACCCGCGUCGACACUCGCAGAAACUCUGUUAGAAGCGGAUAAUGCGACCAACGUCAAAUUCCCUCAGUCAAAGCAUCACAAAACAAAACAGCGAAAUGUAUCCACGGCGGAGCGAGCAAGUCGAAGACUCGCUGCUAAACCAGUCGAAUAUGGCAUAUUCGCAAAUCCAAGUGCGGCACCACCAGUCCCCAAAUCUCUACAGCGCAAUCCUUCGACGCGCAAGCGGAACUCUGCAGACCCUCGCAACCACGCAUCAUCCAAGAAGUCAAUAUCAGUCGAGGCCGCAAAGCCUCAAGAGAUUUCAAAGUCUGAGCGAGAGGAGACGCGCCGUUCAAGACCCAGGAAGUAAUCUAGAAGCUAAAUAUACAUGUUUAACAGCUAUUGCAGUUUAUGCAGGAUAGGAUUGCGUGAAGGUCCCACCGUCUCAUAAUCCACUGCAUUCCGUGGUGGAACGCCUUCGCGAGUGAGCAGACUCUGCCAUUCACUAAUCGUGUUUGAGGAUUAUGUCAAAUACGAACAAAAGUCAGGAUAAUUAAUACCUUAGGAUUGGUGACUUGGGUCCGGAGAGUAGUGUGAAGAGAGACAUCUAGGAGAACAGAGAAAUCCAUCUUUGAAAAGCAGAG